AUGCAUUAAUACAACGCCAGUUUCAAGAAAAAAAUCGUCUACAAAAUUUUGGAGCAAAGCAUUAGACUCUACUGCAAACAGGAAGAUACUAAAAAACUUUUAUGAAAAUAAUAUUAUACAAUUCGAUAAAAAUAUCUCAGUACCAGCACCAAAUCUGCAACCAAAUCUGCAAGAUAAAAUAUUUUGGGAUGGCUUUAGAGAUGCAUUGCUUUCAAACAAGAGAAGACCAGAUAGUAAAAUUC